AAAAAAAACUUCCAAUUGGUAUCUCCUCCUCCCCCUCCUCUAUGCCUGCCUCCUCUAUGCCUGCCUCCUCCAUGCGUGCCUCCUCCAUGCCUGCCUGCUCCAUGCUGGCUUGCUCCCUCUGUCCAUCCAUCCCAUCCAACUUGAAAACCUAUCCAACAAUAUAUCCCCGCUCUCCCCCCAACAGCGACCGACCGACUUCUGGGGUGGUCGCCCCGGAAUAAUAUGGAUGGCUAGCUGGGUAUAAAUAUAUGUUAAUGCAACUCCCGACACAGGAAUC